AUGAGAAUUCUUUCCUUAGUUGUUGCUGGGCUCAUUCUUCUUGUUCAACUUCACCCAGGCAGUGCCUCACUUUACAGACAGCACCUCUGUUCAAAGCUGGAUGGUCACUGUGCGAUUGACUGCCUUACCUUUGAAGAAAAGAUCGGGGGCUGUCGGGCUGACUUAACACCUCUGUGCUGCAGAAAAAGAAAGAAACACUGA